UUAGAAUUUAGAAAAGAUACUUGAAUAAAGAUAAAUAAUUAUAAACAAGUGAAAACUUUUAAUGAGAUCUCAUGAAGAAUUUAUUCAGUGAUCGUUCACAUUCGACUAAACAUCAACAAUCAUCACCAUCAACGUCGACCAUUGUAAAAAGAUCGACAAUAGCAAAAACUACUACACCUAAUAAUAAUAAUGUCCAUCCAAAUUAUCAUCAUACCAAUGAACAUAGUAAUAGUAGUAGCAAUGAUUCUUUAUCACGUAAAUAUUUGAUGUCCAGUCAUAAGAAACUUCGUUCAACAAAACAAUACUCUAAAUCAUCAUCGUUGUUCAUAUCAAGCGAUUCCAAAUUAACAACAUUCAACAAUAGUUUACGUCAUAAUCAUCACAAUUUAAAAAUUAGUGGUAAACGAAAAGCUAAUACAAAUAAUUCACAACGUUCAAAAACUAUUAACGGCAAAGUGUUUCAACGAAAAUCUCAAACGGCCAAACGAAAUUUAAUAACGGGUUCAUCUUCAUCAUCACGUCGACGUUUGACAUUUAACGAUGUUGUAACAUCUGGAAGCCAUAUUGAUGAGGAUAAUGAUGAUGAUGACAGUCAAAACAUUGAUGAUGAUGAUGAACAGGAUCAUGAUGGAGAUGAUGAAAAUUCUAUGAAUGCCAAUGAUAAUGAUGAAGAAAAUGAAUUGUCUAACAAUUCUUCACAUGAUGGACAUGAAGUUAUGAUCGGUGAUCAUGAAUCCGGUUCAUCAUCAUCAAGAAAAGGAAACAAAACCGAAUCAUUCAAUACUAAUAAAUUAUCAUCAUUACCCGCAUCUAUUGUCGGUAGCAUUACGGCACCGUUCUCAUUGCGAAAACAGAUAGAAUUAGCCGUUCAGCUUUCUAUUGAUGAACUAUCCGUUGAUAAUUCGAUAUCAUCAAGUCAAACACCAUUUAUUGAAUCAAAAUCUCGAUCGAAUAGUCCGAAAUUGUAUCAUCAAAAUUCUCAACAGCAGCCGGCUUCAACAACAACAUCCACCAACAAUCGAUUAUCUGAUUCAGAAUCCUCAAAUCUUUCGAAUCAGGAUACACACUCAUCUUCAUCUUCAUACCAUCAUUCACAAAGUGGUGAAGAUUCAUCUUUACAUCACCUAAAUCCGCAAUACACACAUCCAUCGUCCUCAUCAUCAUCGCCAGCAUCUGCGACAACGGCAUCAAGAAAAUUUUUUCGUAAUAACAAAGGUGAAACUGAACUUCAUUUGGCUGCCAUCCGUGGUGAUUUUGGCCGAUUGGAACAUUUGCUUCAAUUGAACAACGGCGUUUUUAAUUGCAUUUCAAAAAAAUCAACUCGAUCCAUUCCGAUUGAACAACCAUCAUCAACUUCAUCAUUAUCCGAUUCAUUUCAUUGUAUAAAUACAACUACAUCGACUGCGACAGCGUAUGAUAUCAACAUACAAGAUUUUGCUGGUUGGACAGCAUUGCAUGAAGCCUGCAAUCGCGGCCAUACACAAGCUGUUCGUGUAUUGGUCAAUCAUGGUGCCAAUGUGAAUGCUUCGGCUCAAUGUGGAACAACACCUCUGAUCGAUGCUGCAUCAAAUGGUCAUCAAACUAUUGUCAAGAUUUUAUUGAAACACGGUGCAAAUCCAUUGCAACAAAACAAACGAGGACAAUCGGCCAUCGAUUUAGCUUAUGACGAACACAUCGAAGAAUUACUUCGCAAUCAUUUGGAAAAUAAACAACAAUCGAAAUUUAUUUCGUCAUCAUCUUCGAGCAAGAAAAGUGUUCAGCCUUCUGGUAAAGACAGUGACGAAGAAUCAUUAACCAAAUCGGAAAACCGAGAAGAUUGUAAUCAAUUGCAGUUAAAAGAAGACGAAAACGAACAAAGCAUAGUCAAAUUUAUAACAUCAACAUCCGAACAAACGAUUCGUGACCAACAUUCACCACUGUACAAUCAAACAUCCGAUAAAUUGAUUAUGCCGAGCCAACAAACUACAUCUAUUACAAAUACAACACCUACAACCACAGUCACGACCACACCACAAACGCCAUUGACAGUAUCGUCACCACCUCUACAUGUAUCAUCAUUCGCCUCACCGGUAUCCACUUUAUCAUUGACAAUUUCUUCAUCAGUCAUUACAACAACAAUUAGUUCUGGGAAUGGAACAAAUACUGAAACAGCAGCGACGACUGUAUCUGCAUCUUCGAAGCUAACACCUGUGUCCACGACAACAACCAAUAACGACAAUAAUAGUGAUUCUUCUGGACAAAAAUCAGCUUUUGAAAAUGAUGAUAUAAAAUCGAGUGCAUUAACGACAAUAAACAAUGAAACAAAAAAAUCACCAGAUGGUUCUAGUGAAUCCGAUCCUACAAAUAUCCAAGUAUCAAAUGUCGGUGACAAAACCGAAAACGUUGAUAAUUUGAAGGAUACUAUAGAACAACAAAAAUCAUUGUCAGUCGUUGAAUCAAGCGUUGGACCGACACCAGCAAUUGUAGCAAAACAAGAUGCUCAUGUUAAUGAAAACAUCAUAAAAGAUUCUUCGAAUACACAAGCUUCACAUCAACUCCGAGGCCGUAAAAGACGUCGUAGUGGUGAUUCGGCGAAUAAUAGUGGUAAGAAGACGCCCAAAGAUUCGUCAAAAUCAUCGAAAAAGUCACAGCAAGAUGAUUCAAACGAUCCCGAAUCGACAGCAGUGAGCAAAAUGGAUUGGAACAAAUCAUCAACAACUGGAGAAGAUUGUGGUCAAAGAAAUAAUGAUAAUGAUGAUAGCAAAAAUGUCGAUUCAUCUUUUGUUGGUUCGCAUACAUCAGCAUCCAAUGUAUCAUCUACCAGUAGUGAGCAAAUGAUGAUGAGAGUUCCACCCCUACGAAUCGUGUUGCCACCAUCGAAUUCAAAUUCGGUGGUCAACUCUUCAAGUGUGAGUGUUGUCGGCAGUGGUGUCAAUAGUACUGUGAAUAGCGGAACUUCUGGAUCCAAUCCACCGAUGAUCGUGAUCAAUUCGAUAAACAGUGGCAAUGGAUCACAAACUGUUUCUUGUGUUGAUCAAUAUGGUAAUGGAAGUAGUGCUAUCAAUGGAAACAAUGUUAUAAAUGGUGGUCAAACCGCACAAAAGUAUCCAUAUGUUGUUUCAACGACCGGUGAUCAGCAGCAAAUGGAAUCGGUGGAUAAUUCAAAUGCUGAAUCGGUAACAAAUUUGAAUACCAAUACAUCUGCUGUGAUAUCAUCAACAUCAUCGAAUUUGGGUGCAGCUUCGUCGUCAAUUUUUGCAAGUUCGGCAUCGACAACGACUAGUACUGCUACAACCACCACGACAGCAUCAAAUCAUCGAAUUACACGAAGUAGUCAACGUGUAGCUCAACAAAAACAUCAUCAUGAUGAUGAUGCACCUGUUUCGACUGGUACUAGAAAAAAGAAAAAUCGAUCAUCUUUGGGUCAUGGCCAUGCAGUGGGAAAUACGAAUGCUUCAAAUACAACAACUACUGGUGGUUCUGGCAAUUCAAAUAAUACUAUUGUUGGUGGAGCCAAUACAAAUUCCAACUAUUACAAUUAUUCGAAUGAUCGUGGUUCUGGCGCCAAUAGCGGACAAACCAAUUUAAAUCAAUCAAAUCAACUGUCUGGGACUAAUUCUUCCGGACAGAUCGGUGAAAAUGCUGAUGGUGAUGGUAGCAAUAAUAAUAAUGAGGCUGGUAGUGGUGGUGAUGGUAACGGUGGACCAAAUGGUUCUGGUAAUUCAAUUGGUUCAAACGGAGCAAACAAUGAAUUCAACAUGAAUCUUUAUCAGUAUCAGGCAGAACGAAGUUCACAUCGAAUGUUCAUGGCUAUUCGGGAUCAUGUACGCCGUCGACGUCGGACCAUGCCAAUACCGAUAAUGAAUGAAUCAAAACAACCGCCUGGAUUUCAUAAUUAUCUAUUAAAUCGUUGCGAUUACCUAUUAAAAACAACAUCACAGCAAAAAUUGCCCGAUCUUUUACAAAUGAUUUCACCACCGGAUCAAUUGACCAAAGAUUCGCCAUUGUUUUCAUUGUUUAUUGAACAAGAACGUGAACGUCAUCAUUUGCGUUUGCGACAUCGAGUCGAACAAGAAAAACUUUGUAUGGUUGUACAACAGGAGACAUUACGUCUUUAUAAUCGUGCCGAUAUGUACAAAAAAAAUCAAACAAUGCCAUUGUCGGUGUGUACAUAUUUGAAAGAUGAAGAACUUUAUAACAAACUUGAACUUGAAACUGACCAUUCCCAAGAUAACGUGAUUAUUGCACAGAUCAAAACAGAUAAUCCAUCAUUUUUGAAUGACGGUCCAUCGGCAUUGACCGGUUGUGGACGUAUUCGUUUUAAUGGCCGUGUUUUUCUAUCAUGGAAAAGUGAUGAUGAUGAUAAAUGGAACAAAAUCAAAAUAGACAUGUUGAAUCGUCAACGAUUGGAAGCAGAAUCAUUAGCAUCUAUUCAACGAUUACGGUGGCAAUGGAAACUGGCUGAAUUAGAACCCAAUAGUGCAACAGGAUCAUCCGCAUCAAACCUAACAACCGAUUUAAAUAAUUUGCCACCAAUGUCCAAUGUUAGUGAAUUAUUUGUGCCGAUCGUACAAGUUCAAAAAGAUUUUGAGCUGAAACCUAAUUAAUUGAAAAUUAAUUAUUUCUCAUUUAUUUUUUCAAAAAAAAUUUCCACUGAUAUAAAUUCAUUUAUUUUUUUCAUUUAAAAGUUAUUAAUAAAAAUACAACCAAAUUGACUAAUUUU